AUGCCCCCUUUCCCAUGCCCCCUUUCCCAUACCCCCUUUCCCAUGCCCCCUUUCCCAUACCCCCUUUCCCAUGCCCCCUUUCCCAUGCCCCCUUUCCCAUACCCCCUUUCCCAUGCCCCCUUUCCCAUACCCCCUUUCCCAUGCCCCCUUUCCCAUGCCCCCUUUCCCAUGCCCCCUUUCCCAUACCCCCUUUCCCAUGCCCCCUUUCCCAUACCCCCUUUCCCAUGCCCCCUUUCCCAUGCCCCCUUUCCCAUGCCCCCUUUCCCAUACCCCCUUUCCCAUGCCCCCUUUCCCAUGCCCCCUUUCCCAUGCCCCCUUUCCCAUACCCCCUUUCCCAUACCCCCUUUCCCAUACCCCCUUUCCCAUGCCCCCUUUCCCAUGCCCCCUUUCCCAUGCCCCCUUUCCCAUCCCCGUCCCCCCCCCCUCCUUCCUUGCACUUCCCCCCUCUCUUCCGCCUGCCUCUGCAGCCUUUACUACUGCAGCCUCGUGCCCAUGACAGCUGUCGUCCUUGUAUUGGCUGUGUACGGCCACUGGCUCUGCAUCAAGCUGGGCAGAGAGAAUCAAGAGCCAUGGGCCAUGUUUGCUCUUCUAUUUCACUAA